AUGGUCUCCCUCGUCAAGCUCUUCUCAGUCAUCGUCACCCUCGCUGCCAGCGUUUCGGCUGCUCCAGCCGUCGAGCCGCAGAUCGCCAAGCGCGCUGUCGGCCUCCAGACCUCGUGCCCUGGUGGGCCAGUCUACGCCGGCUACUUCCGCUCGUGGCGCGACGUUGCUGCCGACUCGACCAACCCUCAGGUCAAGAUGUCCGACCUGCCCGCCGGCACGGACAUUGCGUUCGUCUUCCCGAUGGGCUCCGAGGACCCGGGAUUCUGGACGACGUUGCGCGACUCGUACGUCCCCGCACUGCACGCCAGGGGCACCAAGCUUGUUCGCACCGUCUUCAUCGACCGCCUCCUCAAGGUCGCCGUCCCCGCCGACGGCAACUACGACGCUAUUGCCCAGCAGCUCAUCGGCGAGUUUGUCACGCCCUGGGGACUCGACGGCAUCGACAUCGACAUGGAGCAGAGCCUGACCUCGGCCCAGGCGACGCACAGCGCCAACAUCAUCAUCGCACUCAGCAAGUACCUCGGCCCUCGUAGCAGCAAGCCUGGCACGUACCUCAUCUACGACACCAACGAGGACGUUCAUGAGCUCGCGAUCAAGGUCGCCCCGUACGUCAACUACAUCCAGAUCCAGGCGUACGGUCGCAAUGGGCCCUCGCUCCAGUCGACGUGGAACGGGUACGCGCCGUACUACUCGUCGUGUCAGUUCUCCAUCGGCUUCUCGUUCUACGAGGAACGUGGGGCCUACUGGGGUGAUUCGUCCCAGCCCUUCUGGGCGAGCAACGCCGCAAACUACGCCCAGUGGAACCCUGCCGGUGGCAAGAAGGGUGGUCUCUUCAGCUAUGCCAUCGACCGCGACUGGAAGGACUAUGGAGACGACACGCUCACCGUCCCCACCUACGAGUACAGCAAGCAGCUCAUCCCCCUCAACAAGCAGUACUCGACGUAG